AUGGCUGCCUCCACCCUGUCCGUCUGCUCCAGCGACCUGAGCUAUGGCAACCGCGUGGACGACUGUCCAGAGAGCUGCUGCCAGCCCUCCUGCUGUGCCCCCAGCUGCUGUCAGUCCACCUGCUGUGUCCCCAGCUGCUGCCAGCCCUCCUGCUGUGUCCCCAGCUGCUGCCAGCCCUCCUGCUGUGUCCCCAGCUGCUGUAUCCCCAGCUGCUGUGCCCCAGCCCCCUGCCAGACCCUCGUCUGUGCCCCAGUGAGCUGUGUGUCCAGCCCCUGCUGCCAGGCAAUCUGUGGGCCCAGCCCCUGCCAAUCAGCCUGCACCAGCUCCUGCACACCCUUGUGCUGCCAGCAGUCUAGCUGCCAGUCCUCCUGCUGCACCUCCUCCCCCUGCCAGCAGGCCUGCUGUGUGCCCGUCUGCUGCACACCUGUCUGCUGCACACCCGUCUGCUGCAAGCCCAUGUGCUCUGUGCCCAUUUGCUCUGGGGCCGCCCCCUGCUCAGCCCCCUCCUGCUGCCAGCCCACCCCCUGCCCCUCAUCCUGCUGCAGACCCUCCUCCUGCGUGUCCCUUAUCUGCCGCCCUGUGUGCAGACCUGCCUGCUGCGUGCCCGUCUCCUCCUGCUGUGCCCCCUCUUCCUCCUGCUGCCAGCCCAGCUGCUGCCGCCCAGCGUCCUGCGUGUCCCUCAUCUGCCGCCCUGUGUGCUCCCGCCCGGCCUGUUGCAUCCCUGCCUCAGCCCAGAAGUCCUGA